UGACAAGCGCGAGAGAUACUGGUGAUCUCAAAAUUCUGAGAGGUCCUUUUUCCCCAGCAGAUUUGGGCUUUAUAAUUAACCAUGACCACCGCAAGCAGCCCACCCACCGUGCCUGCGGCUACUUCAGCGGAGCCUUAAGGAAAAGGGCGCAUUUGGAGACUCUUUUCCGAUUUUUCCUCUGCAGAAAAAGAAUGCUGAAACACUCGUUCCGGUGCGUGGGUAGUUGGUUUACAACCCCGCCAUUUUCAUCAUCAGUUAAGAAUUUCACAGCCGCGGCGGCGGCGUCCACCACCACCAGCACUGCAGGCAGUGGAAAAAUGGAGAGGGCAGUUCCUAAGGAGACGGUGGACUGCGUGGUGAUAGGGGCAGGCGUGGUGGGGAUCGCGGUGGCAAGAGAGUUGGCCUCGAGGGGCAGGGAAGUCCUGGUCCUCGAAUCUGCUUCAACCUUCGGGACCGGCACUAGCUCUCGCAACAGCGAAGUUAUCCACGCUGGCAUCUACUACCCUCGCAAUUCUCUCAAGGCAGUUUGUUGUGUAAGAGGAAGAGACUUGUUGUACAAGUAUUGCUUGGAUCAUGGGGUGUCUCAUAAACCGAUUGGUAAGCUCCUAGUUGCUACUGGACCUUCAGAGAUUCCAAAGUUGAAUUAUCUGAUGAAUCGUGGGAUUGAAAAUGGCGUUGAUGGCUUGAGAAUGAUGGAGGGUUUUGAAGCCAUGAGAAUGGAACCAGAAUUGCAAUGUGUGAAAGCCUUGUGGUCACCUGCUUCUGGUAUUGUCGAUAGCCAUUCCCUGAUGCUAUCUUUAGUGGGGGAAGCUGAAAAUCAUAGAACAACUUUCUCUUACAAUACUAUUGUUGUUGGUGGCCAUCUUGAAAGCAACCGUAUUUGCCUACAUAUCACUGAAAGAAAUGCUAUUGAAAACUUGAAUGGGAGGUUUUCUUUGCGCCCAGAGCUUGUUUUAAUUCCUAAGCUUGUAGUGAACUCUGCAGGCUUGAGUGCCAUAGCCCUGGCGAAGAGAUUUGACGGCAUAAAUAGUGGGGUUAUUCCAGCUGCAUAUUAUGCUCGUGGUUGCUACUUCACUCUAUCAAAUGCUAAAUGUCCUUUCAAACAUUUGAUUUAUCCUAUGCCUGAGGAUGGCGGCAUCGGAGUGCAUGUUACUUUGGAUCUAAAUGGCCAAGUCAAAUUUGGCCCUGAUGUUGAAUGGAUUGACAGCAUAGAUGACAUUUCAAGCUUCUUGAACAAGUUUGACUACUCUGUAUGCAUCAAACGUGUGGAGCAAUUUUAUUCACAGAUAAGGAAGUACUACCCGAACCUGAAAGAUGGAUCACUUGAGCCAGGUUAUGCAGGCAUCCGGCCGAAACUUGUUGGGCCCAGACAGAUACCCACUGAUUUUGUAAUACAGGGAGAGGAGACCCAUGGGUUACCUGGUCUUGUGAACCUUUUUGGAAUUGAGUCGCCUGGCCUAACUUCAAGCAUGGCAAUUGCAGAACAUGUUGCUGCUAGAUUCUUGAAAUGUUGAUGGAGAACAAUACUUGCAAUCAAUGUGCCAUGAAGUUUACGAGGCAGGUGAUGUUUCCCUUUGCAAUAUCGGAAUGUGUGAUUAGUUGGCUGAAGAUUCUCUAUGUUACAUUUCUGUUUAAUGUGAAGGUGAAGAGGCUUGGGAGUCCUUGAGAAACAUUAUUUGAUUGAAGCUGAUUCUGUUGUGAAACGAGUGAAAUAUCAGAGCACCUCUCUAGAAAUAUGAAUUAUAUUUGCUUGUUAUCCAAUACAGCUCUUUAUGAUGGAGUAUACAAGAAAUAAUUAUUCUUAA